AUGGUCACCUUUGGAGGCCCUUCUUCAACUGCCACCAUCAUGCAGGUGGCCCUGAGAAGGCAGCAAGCUCAAGAGGAAGAACUGGGCAUCAGCCACCCUAUCCCUUUGCCGAGUGCCACAGAAAUGUACAUGAAGAAAGAGAACAAUGCCAAUGGGUCCUGCUUGCUGCUGGAGAGCAGCAGCCCCCCACAGUCCACGACAACCACAGCUUCCUCAGGGGCGGCCUCAUCAACAGAGGGACGGAUGCUCAUGCAGGAGCGGGUAAAAAGCCCAGACAGCCGUCAUGGUAUGAGUUCCCAGUAUAGGAUGCAUACUUACUACCCCCCCACCUCCUACUUGGGACAGAGUGUGGGCACCCCUGCCUGCGUUCCCCAGAUUUUGACUUUUGAGGAGAGUCCUUCCUUCUCUGAAACAAAAGCCAGUGUAUUUUCACCACCCAGUAGUCAGGAUUCUGGCUUGGUUUCACUUUCCAGCAGCUCUCCCAUCAACAAUGAGAGCACCAAAGCUGUCCUGGAGUGCGAGUCAACCUCGGAUUCUGGCACAUUCACUGUUAAUGCUGUUCUGGAAGAUGGCGAAUAA